CGUCAUCAAGAGCGACGAUAACUGUUAUUAGUGACUUGGCGAGCAUUUCGCGUGCUUAAACGUAGGCCUAAUUGAUUCUUUCUACGCUCUUGCUAUCGCAUGAUCCAGCAUUAUUCUAGUACACAGAAACAGAAGCCAGGAAGGAGAAGCUGCUUCUUAAUGCAAUAUCAAGAUGGAAGUGAAAGAGGAGACGUGUGACAGAAAUAUCAUGGAGAUAAUGAAUGUAACUAUCAAGGAGGAGGUGGACUAUGAAUGGGAGGCAGUCCAGUCCAAACAGGAUAGUCCCAAUGUUAUGAAUGAGGAUUAUGAACUGGUGACUUUGGGCAUUAAAGAAGAGACUGAAGAGAUGUCUGUCAGCAUUGAGACACACAAAUAUAAAAGUGUGGAAACUGUCGACCUCAAGGUGAGGUGUGAAUCAUUACCAUCUGACACAAAGAGGAUUGUGGAAAUUAGAACUCGGAAUGAUCAGCCAUCACCUACACAUUGGUCUGAACAAAGUUUACAAGAGAGUGUACCUUCUUUUCCCCAAAUAUCUCUGCAGUGCAGACCACAACUAACAGAGCGACAUGAAAAUUCAAAGAUGUUAAAAUCAGGAUCAGAGAUUUUGACACCAAACUCUUUGCAGCAGAGUUCUCUGCCUAGUGUAAAGCUAACAAGGACAGAUGAAAGGAGCACUCAACAACAGAUGCACAAUACAAAUUUGUCUGAAUUAUCUGUUUUACAAGAGCCGAGGAAAAAGUUAAAACAAAAAUCCAAAGACAAUGGUAAGAAAGACAGUUGUACAAAAAAGAAGCCAUAUUGCUGUUCUGAGUGUGGCAAGCAAUUCUCUGCCCAUAGUAGUCUUCAAAUUCACAUAAGAACUCACACUGGGGAGAAACCAUACUGCUGUACUGAAUGUGGGAAAGAAUUCUCACAAAUAUGUAAUCUUCAGAGACACACAAGAAUUCACACUGGAGAGAAGCCAUAUUUCUGCACUGAAUGUGGGAAACGAUUCACCACCAGUAGUGAUCUUCAUAUUCACACAAUAGUUCACACUGGAGAGAAGCCAUAUUGUUGUUCUGAAUGUGGCAAACAAUUUUCCAAGAAUGCUGAUCUUCAGAUCCACACAAGAAUUCAUAUUGGGGAGAAGCCGUAUUGCUGUUCUGAAUGUGGCAAGCAGUUCUCACAAAUGGGCACUCUUAAGAGACACACAAAAAUUCACACUGGGCAGAAGCCAUAUUGCUGCUUUGAAUGUGGAAAGGAAUUCUCCACCAGUGGCAAUCUUCAGAGACACACGAGAACUCACACUGGGCAUAGGCCGUAUUGUUGUACUGAAUGUGGAAAUCUGUUCUUACAAGUUGACCAUCUUAAGAUCCAUGCAAGAAUUCAUACUGGAGAGAAGCCAUAUUGCUGUGCUGAAUGUGGCCAACGAUUUAUUAACAGUAGUAGUCUUCAAACACACUCAAGGAUUCAUACUGGAGAGAAGCCAUAUUGCUGUUCUGAAUGUGGAAAAAGAUUCACCACCAGAGGCAAUCUUAAUCAACACAUUAGAAAUCAUACUAAAGAGAAGUCCUGAUCUACAGCACAAAAAAAAAAAAAAAAA